AUGGAGCCCUCCUCACCACCCACCAACAUCAAGGCUUUAAAUCAAAACGGCAACCUCAACAAUCGCGGGACGUAUCAGCAAGUGCUGUUGAACAACACUGGAAGCCCAAAACCCUCAACUCCUCAAUCUCAUAGCAAACAGAGUAACAAACAACAAAAUAAGCAAUCAUCAUCCACACCCCUAGGUUCAGUUGCAGGCAUGAAAUACUCUCCACCCUCAUCAUCGGGCAGAAAGGUAAGCCCAAUAUUGCCCAACUCCAAUGAUCCUCCAAACUCUCCACCUCCACCACCAAUCAUUGUUGUAGGUGAAGAGGAUCUCAACCUUAGUAGCUGCUCGGAUAACGAAAUUGUCAAUCCUGCUCUUGUUCAGAAUCUCCACAACGGAAUUCAAGCUUCCGAUUCCAGCUCAACCACGAGUAACAAUGAGGAAGAAAUUUCAUUCACUUCACCAUUGUACAAGCAAGCACAACCAAUUAUUAAUAUUUGUGGACAACCAGGAUUGCCCGGCUUUCAAAAUGGUGAUAUCAUCGAGGCGCGAUUCAGUGAUAUUCAAGGCAUCUUGAUGCUUCCAAAGGAUGAUUUUAUUGGCGACUCCUCCUUCGUUGUGGCUGAGCAACACCAAAUACGGCUUGUGAACAUGAAACAAAUGAACGUAUCAACCUUCUACUCAACCCAACUGCAUAGUCCACGUGGCAUGGCAAUUUACAAGGGAUCCAUCCUCGUAUGUGAUAGCCAACAACAUAAAAUUAAGAUGAUUUCAUUGGAUGGCAGAAGAAUGACCACGUUUGCCGGAACUGGACAUCGUGGCUGCUCCAUUGGCAGGGUGAGCGACGUGCUGUUUGAUACUCCCACUGCUGUGUGUGUAGUUGGAGAGAAUGUGUUUGUUGCAGAUACUGGAAAUCAUCGAAUUGUUCGAAUUAAUAAUGGAUUUGCUUCGAAUGCAGCCGGUACUCCAAAAACACCAGGUUUUCUCGAUGGAAAGGUUCAAAAUACUCUUCUCAAUUCGCCUACUGACAUUAUUGCCAAAGACAACGUUUUAUAUGUGAACGAUUUUGGUAAUUUUCGAAUUAGACAAUUGUUUACCAACUACAGCGACAUGAGAACUGUCAUCGAGAGCACCGAAAAGAUUUAUGCCAUGUCUGUGAAUUCAGAUGGAGAGCUUGUAUUAGGAACUCACAAUACUCUUUACAAGUACAACCUUGAGACGAAGGAAAGUUCUUCAAUCUUAUGUGAAACGCCUGAACCAAUCAAAAAGGUCAUAUGUGCUUCCCGAAAUAUGUAUUUGGUUGCUUGUGCAAACUCUAUUCAUGGUGUUGAAGAUCAAAAACCAAGUACCAAUAUCAGUACAUCCAUGCUUGACCUCAAGCAUUUAUCUAGAAAGUUGAAGGCUACUCAAAAUUUUUCAUUUAAUGCCUCGAUACAAGAAAGCUGGAACAAUGAAAGUACCUUUCAAAAACCAUCCUAUUUUGAGCUCAUUUAUUGUUAUGAGCAAGACUUGUUGGAAAUAUUUAGCUAUUACUGUAACAAUGUCACUCACACAUUUAUGGAUGUGAAUGAAAUGACCAGCAAUCAAUUUUUGAGAUUGGCAAAAGAUUGCAAAAUAGUGGACAAAACAUUCAAUUCAAAUGCAGUAUUUCUCAUUUACGAAGAAUCAACGAAAUACUCUCCAACAUUUAAGAUGAACUUUGACGAUUUUUUGAACGCUUUAGCGUUUAUAGCAAUUAGGAAGUAUUCAAAAAUUCAAAUUAACAAUAUUUCUGACAUGGCCAAACAUGAUGACGAUGUUAAAGUUCUUUUAAGAAAACUCCUUUUCGAGCACGUGUUACCAAAUUCUGGAAAGCUUAUCCAAGAUCCUACUCCGUCAGAAUUAUCAGAUCCCUCUGUUAAUUCAUUGUGGAGUGCUCAACAAGAUCAUCUUUACAAAAUAUUCAUGUACUAUACCCAAAAGAAGAGAUCUCACAAAGAAACCUUACAAUGGGUACAUUAUAAUAAGGGCCUUCACACUCUAAAUGUUGACGAAUUUUUCAUGUUUUGCUCCGAUUUUGAGAUAUUUCCUCAAUUCUUUUCCAAGAUUCAACUUGCAGGAAUGUUUACCUCGUGCUGUAAAACUCAUAAUGAACAUAUAUCUGAACAUGCUUCCAAGGAGGGUCGUUUAAUGACAUUUGUAGAGUUCUUGGAGUGUCUAGGAAGAAUCGCUCUUGCAAAGUACAGCGAAUCACCUUUGUGUGAUGUGUACAAAACUCCUCGUCAAAAGAUUGAAGGAUUACUGGAGCAUAUGCACCUCUCUGAGGGUAGGAAAUUUUUUGCUGCCCAACUCGGCAACCGUUUGUUCAACAAUGUGGAAUCACCAAUGAAGAAACAACUCGUUCAACAGAUGAAACAGUCAUACUUGGGACGUAACCCUCAACGAUCCAAACUUCAAUAUUCAGAUUUUUCAUUCGCAAAACAAAAAUUAAAGGACAAGGACUCGAUCGAUAUUUCAUUAAGGAGGAUGGCAGAAGAACAAGAACAUUCAGAAACGAAAUGUAAUGCAAAAGAUGUUGUACUGUACCUGGCUUCCAAAUCGGAUGAUGAGACAUCUUGGAAGUUCAUAACUUCAGGAGAAUUGAGCCUAAGUUUCUCUAAUGUGCUGUCGUUUGUGGAUCAAGAAGGUAACUGUUUGUUCAAAAUUCCUCUCUCCAGCGAUGGCCUUCCUGUAAUUGAAGAAAAAGAAUUAUUCCAUAUUUUCAGAGAUGGAGUACUAGUGGAUGACCAAAGUAUUUAUGCUAUACAAUUCAGUUCCAAAGCUUCCUCAGAUACAUUUGAGAAAGAAUAUGAAACUAUAGUGCAAGAAGAAAAGAGAAACGUGUUCACUUCGUCUCCCUUUAAAAACGUUUCCUUAUUAGUCCCUAAUGUCAGUACCCCUAAGAAAUCUAAAGACUUGCUGAAAGUACCUUCUACAUCCUCGUCAUCAUCGGGAGUUGUUAACACUCCUAACAAGAGUGUUGUGAGUGGAGGAGCUAGCAACAAUUCCACACAGCGUUCACAGCCUCGCUCCCAAACACGCCCAGAAAAGAACAGCCCCAUGAGGAGUCAGUCUGGAGUUAGCCCUAUUGCCAUGCUCGCGCACAAUUCGAAUCGAAUAGCCCUACCAUCAUCGUCACCAUUGCUAACCAGUCAUCUGCAUAGAACUCCUCCUUCUAAUAACACUCCUGGAAACAAUAGUAAGAUUUCCUUAUCACCUUCAAAAUCUCUUUCAGAUUUGUCGAGUAGUGACAUGAAUGCACUACUUACUUCCAAACAACAAUUACCUUCAACUUUGCACAGAGAGAUGGGAAUUUUAACGGUUCAAGGAAUGACCUUAAACAAGGGUGACUGUAGUACAUGGUCCAGUCAUGAUAUUCGCAAAUUAUUAACCACACCCAAAACGAAUGGUGGUGUCGGACUCGUGGCAGAACAAAUCGCUGAUUUUACGCUGUAUGGUAGCGAUUUUGAGACCAUUGUCGAUGCUCUCGUUCGUUUCGAAGGAGAUGACGAAGCCAAAAUUGAGCAUGCUUGUACACAGAUUUUUGUAGAUAAUUUGAGCAUGCGCAUAAGACAGCCUAUCGUCAGAUGGAUCUUUCAAACGUUGUUGAAGAAGGUUUAA